ACCGUCUCACACGCAUACAUUGGCCUUCGUAACCGCGCGGCUCAUCAACAUUCAACAGCAAUCUUAACUCUUAAAGUUGUUUACACGAAUAUUGUCAUGGGCGACGAUCGCCGGGUUGAACCGAACGACACCGACCCGUUCCUGGUCAAGUACAAGCCCUCCGAGCUCCGGAUCGCGUCGGAGUUCCUGACCACGUGGCUCCCCUUCCUAUCCAGAGACCUCUGCGACCACUGCGCCCAAACGCUCUCCGAUCGCGUGCGCUCACUCGACUCAGAACUCGAUGCCAAUGCCGAACCGGAUCACCCUGAUGAGAAUUUGGAUGCUCCGAAUCCGGAUAAACCCGGAUCGGAGCAGGGGAUGAAUGAUAAGCACGGAGACGAUAACUGUGAGGCCAAUUCGCUCGGUAGUUGGAAAGACGGUGCGGAUGGGGGUCCUGAACCCGUGGACCCAGACCCGUCUACGAGCGGAUCGCCGAGCCAUCAUCGAAUGUCCUGGGCUGACAUGGCACAGGAGGAAGAAGACGAUUUUGGGGGAGAGGGGGAGGACGAGGAGGUGGACUCCUCGGAGAUAAGAAAACGGUCAGUUGAUGUGAAUGCUUCCACCGGGGAAUUGAGGGUGUCGGUGAAGGCUAUCGAGAAGCCGAAGCCAAACCUGUCGAGGGAACAGAGAGAAUACAUUAGGUUCAUGGAUGUGGAGCGAAAGAAAGACUUUAUGUGCUUCGAAAGAGUGGGUGGAAAGCUUGUUAAUAUACUCCAGGGGCUUGAGCUUCACAAGGGUAUUUUUAGCGCGGCGGAGCAGAAGAGGAUUGUGGAUUAUGUGUAUGAACUUGAGGCGAAGGGGAGAAAAAGGGAAUUGAAAGAACGGACAUUUACAGCACCCACUAAGUGGAUGAGGGGCAAGGGACGUGUAACUAUCCAAUUUGGUUGCUGUUACAAUUAUGCAACGGAUAAAAAAGGUAAUCCGCCUGGCAUCCUCCAUGAUGAAACCGUGGAUCCUAUGCCUAAUCUUUUCAAGGUGAUCAUUAGAAGGCUGGUCAGAUGGCAUGUACUUCCUCCUAGCUGUGUACCUGAUAGUUGCAUUGUCAACAUCUAUGAAGAAGGGGACUGUAUACCUCCGCACAUUGACAACCAUGAUUUUGUGCGGCCUUUCUGCACUGUGUCAUUUCUAAGCGAGUGCAAUAUACUUUUUGGAUCGAACUUGAAAAUUUCGGGUCCUGGCGAGUUUUCCGGUUCCUUUGCAAUCCCCCUGCCACUGGGAUCUGUUCUUGUCUUAAGUGGAAAUGGAGCUGACGUGGCUAAGCAUUGUGUGCCUGCAGUUCCUGCAAAGAGGAUAUCAAUCACAUUUAGAAGAAUGGAUGACUUGAAACGGCCGGUUGGGCACGUUGCAGAACCUGAUUUGCAGGGGAUUCAACCAUUGUCCUAUGAAGUGGACAAGGGAAGAAGGAUAAAUGCUUCAAAACCUGAACGCUAUAUGAAGAACGAGCCUUAUAGAAGAGGGGUGAACGAGGAAGCGAGGGGAUAUGCCGAGGGAAGUGACACCUAUAUAGACCGUCGUGAAUCAACCUGGAGGGGAUAUGCUGAUCAGGGAAGUGACACCUAUAUGGACCGUCGUGAAUCAACCUGGAAUCGACGAGGGCCUCCAAAUAGGUGGAGAGUCAGGAAGAAUGUGGGCAACUGACGGGCAUCUCUGAGUGGUCUGGAUUGAUUCCACUAGUGCCCGGUCGAGAGCUUGGGUUGCAGUACUGUUGGGUUGUAGCUUGAAGCGUGGCUGGUAUGAUUGGAUCAACUAGUUUUUGACUGCUUGUAUUUGAGAUGCCUAUUGCAUUGCCUAGGUGUAUGUAUAAUUUUGACUUGUACACUAGUUUGGAAGUUAUUAUUUUUCAUUUCUUUUCUGGCAUUGUAAGAGUAAUUCAUUUGUGAGCUGAUUAAUUUAACGUAAUGUAGUAGGUUUUCACCAUUGAUAAAACUAUAAAAGGAUUGGAGUUAAGAUUUUGAUUGAA